AUGGAGGAGGAGCAGCGGCGGGCCCUGCGGCGCGGGAGGCCGCAGCUGGUGGCGGAGCUGCAGGUGGCGCCGCUCUGGGAGCCGCUGGAGGACCGCGGCCUCUUCACCCGCCCCAUGCUCGAGGAGCUGCAGAGUGCUGGCAGCCGAGGAGAUCAAGCCAGGCAGCUGAUCAUUGACCUGGAGACCCGAGGGAAGCAAGCUUUCCCCAUAUUCCUCUCCAUCCUGCAGGACACAGGGCAGGGUGGCCUUGCAGAUAUGCUGAUGGAGAAGUGCCAGGCCCUGCCAGCUCCACUGCAGCUGCCUGACCUCAGGCCUGUGGAGCUGGAAUUACCUGGAGAAAAGAGUACCAGAAAUGUCAGCUUCCCUGAACGUUUGUCCAUCCCAGUCCAAGCUGAGAGUGAAAGACUUCAGAUGUCUCCCACACUAGCCCAGGGGUCAGCUGUUGACAGGAGGAACCACGACCUGGUUUACCAGCUGAAAGCAAAGCCCUGUGGACACUGCCUGGUCCUCAACAACGUCACCUUCAGCAGAGACUCAAAGCUGUCCUCUCGAGAUGGCUCUGAUGUGGACUGUGAGAAGCUGGAGAAGACCUUCAAGGCCUUCUCCUUCAGCGUCCUAACGCAGCGAGAUCUGAAGGCUCAGGAAAUGGUUGUGGAGCUGCAGAAGCUGGCACGGCAAGACCACAGAGCCUUGGACUGCUGUGUUGUGGUCAUCCUCUCCCAUGGCUGCCAGACCAGCCACAUUCAGUUUCCUGGAGCCAUUUACGGGACGGAUGGAAACCUCAUCCCAGUAGAAAAGAUUGUGAACUAUUUCAAUGGCUCCAAUUGCCCCACUCUGAGAGGAAAACCCAAACUCUUCUUCAUCCAGGCCUGUGGUGGAGACAAGAGGGAUCGAGGCUUUGUAGUGGAUUGUGAUUCCCCUGCUGAGGAAGCUCCUGCAGGUCCUCUGGAGGCAGAUGCAAACCCUUUCCAGACUCCACAGGGGAAUGCUGACCAGCCAGAUGCCAUGGCCUGCCUGCCCACACCUAGUGACAUCCUGGUCUCCUACUCAACCUUCCCAGGUUAUGUCUCCUGGAGGGAGGCAUCAAGGGGCUCCUGGUAUGUGGAAACACUGGUGAAUGUGCUGCAGCAGUGUGCCCACACAGAAGACCUCCUGAGCAUGUUAGUGAAGGUGACAAAUGCUGUGGCAGCCAGGGGGACCUACAAGCAGAUCCCAGGCUGCUUCAACUUCCUCCGUAAGAAAUUCUUCUUCAUGUGCCAGUGACCCCUGGGCUCCCUGCCCAGUGCCAGAGGGAGUUCCCUGCAACUGCCUGGAACCUGCACCCAGUGGCCUUGGUCUGUCUGUUGAGAUGUUUGUCCU